AUGUCCCGUCGGUUCUGUACAGAAGUGUCGGCAACAUGUCCUGUGGAAGCGACGACAUACGGAUAUCGACCGGACAUCGCCGGCAACAGCUUCCUCCUCGCUGUCUUCGGAAUUUGUACGAUUGCACAAGUCGUACUGGGUAUUCGAUAUAAGAUCGUUGCAUUCUCGAUCGUCGUUGCAAUCGGUUGCUUCGGGGAGACUGUUGGAUAUGGAGGAAGAAUAAUGAUGAACUCCAAUCCAUGGGACAUGGAUGGCUUCAGAAUGCAGAUUUGCUGCCUCAUUCUCUCACCUUCCUUCCUGGCAGCCGGCAUUUACCUGACGCUGAAGCACAUCGUCCUUGUUCUUGGGCCAGAAAAGUCUCGACUGAAACCUCGUCUAUACACUUGGAUCUUCAUAACCUGCGACAUUUUCAGCAUUCUUUUGCAAGCCGCUGGGGGAGGCAUCGCCGCUUCAGGCUCUGGAGACAUUAUCAACACUGGAAAUAGCGUCAUGAUUGCCGGUAUCGCCUUCCAGGUUGCGACCAUGUUUGUCUGUCUGGUUCUAGCAGCAGACUUUGCAUUCGCUUUGUUCAGGUCCAAGACUCUACGAAGUGACGAGCUCGAGAAAGGACAGCCAGAUGCCACAUCCAGAAAAGGCCUAUACUAUUACCUUGCAUGCUUUUCCGUUGCAUUCCUUGCGAUCUUCGUGAGAAGUAUUUAUCGUCUGCCCGAGAUGAGCGGAGGCUGGGGCAACCCUCUUAUGCGCAAUGAGAAGGAGUUCUUGAUCCUGGAUGGGGCCAUGGUUGCACUAGCGGCCGUGUUGAUGACCAUUGCGCAUCCUGGCAUUUUCUUUCCAGCCAUGCGGACAGGCUCAGCUAAGAACUAG